AUGACUGUUUCCGGAACCGCGGCGGAAGUGGUUGAUUGCUGACACUGCUUUCAGGCAUUGUUUAGGGCAUACCUACGGGGCCUGAAGGGGGCUUCUCCUAUCACCGGAACAGCUGGGAGUUCAACCGCAAGCUUCAGAGAUGCCAAUGAAGGGGAAAAGUGGUUCUGGAAAAGGGGGCAAAGGAGGUGCAGCCUCUGGGAGUGACAGUGCUGACAAGAAGUCUCAGGGCCCUAAAGGUGGUGGCAAUGCCGUAAAGGUCAGACACAUUCUAUGUGAAAAACAUGGCAAAAUCAUGGAAGCCAUGGAAAAGCUAAAGUCUGGAAUGAGAUUCAGUGAAGUGGCCUCACAAUAUAGUGAAGAUAAAGCCAGGCAAGGGGGUGACUUGGGUUGGAUGACCAGAGGGUCCAUGGUGGGACCAUUUCAAGAAGCGGCAUUUGCCUUGCCUGUAAGUGGAAUGGAAAAGCCUGUGUUUACGGACCCACCAGUUAAAACAAAAUUUGGAUAUCAUAUUAUUAUGGUUGAAGGGAGAAAAUAAAAUCCUAUGAAAGACUGAAUAA